CCGAGGGCGGCUUCCCCGUGUCCCAGGAGAAGUGAGGGGGACUGCCAGAGCGGGCCACCCCUUCUACUGGAGCCUCAUCCCCGCCUCCAGCCCUCCCCGACGGGCUUUCUGGGAGCGGUGGUGUCGGCCAGGACCCCGAGGCUCUGCUCGGCUCUGUCCCCGCUCUUGCCUCAGUUUCCCCCGCUGAGCACGGACAGGGCGGCCCCUCACAGUCCCGCCCCGGCCCCCAUCGCUGGUGCCGGCCCCCCCACUCCGCCGUCACGCAGCGCCUGCGGUCAACGGGCCAUGGAGCUCAUCGAGCUGCGGGAUCUGCACCCGGAGCCGCGCCCGGGCCGGGGCCGCCUGGAACGGACCAACGCGUUACGCAUCAGCCCGGCCCGCCGGCCCGGCCCCGGUCUCGGCUCCGGAGCGCAUCCUGACCCACGGCUCACGGCAGCACCGGGCGCUGGGCACCGCUUUGAGCCCCGCCGCCGCGGGCUCCACACCUGGUGCGACCUCUGCGGAGACUUCAUCUGGGGCGGCGGCAGGAAGAGUCUCCAGUGCUGCCACUGCAGCUUCACCUGCCAUUAUCGGUGCCGGGCCUUGGUGCGACUGGACUGCAGUGGCCCUCCAGGCACUGGUGAUGAGGACGAUGGCACUGAGCAGGCGCUGGAGAAGGACACCAAUGUGGAUGAGCCCAGUGAGUGGGAGAAAACUGAGCUGGACCAGGCACAGGUGGAACAGCGGAUCAAGGAGUACAACAGCCAGAUCAACAGCAACCUAUUCAUGAGCCUGGCAGGACGGCCAGGGCCGCGCACCCAGGGGGUGAAGCGACGCACAUCUUUCUACCUGCCCAAGGGGACUGUCAAGCACCUGCACAUCUUCUCCCACACCCGUGCCAGCGAGGUCAUUGAUGCUCUCCUCCGCAAGUUCACUGUUGUGGACAACCCCCGCAAGUUCGCCCUCUUCGAGAGGUCUGAGAAAGAUGAGCAAGUGUACCUGAGGAAGCUGGCUGAUGAGGAGCAGCCCCUGCGGCUGCGGCUGCUGGCCGGCCCCAGCGAGAAGGUGCUCAGCUUUGUCCUGAAAGAGAACGAGACCGGGGAGGUGAAUUGGGACGCUUUCACCCUGCCGGAGCUGCACAACUUCCUGCGCAUCCUGCAGCGGGAGGAGGAGGAACACGUGCGCCGGCUGCGGCAUCGCUACGCCCACUGCCGCCAGAAGAUGGAGGAAGCGCUGGCCACGCACACGCCGGGGUGACCGCGCUGACCGCCUCCAUGGCCAGGCACUACGCAGGGACCCUUAUCUGCAGGCGGGUGAGGGCACGAGGGAGGGGAGGGCGGAAUGGGGCACUCUGGUAGCCACUGGGCUGUCGCAGCCUCCACGGGGCUGGCCCAGGGAGCGGGGAUCCCCUGAGGAGUGGAUGGCCCCAAGGGGGAAGCAGGACGUCCGGCACCAAUAAAGGCAUCAUGGUGAUGAGGCUCGA